AUGUCCUUAUUUUCGGCAUCUGUAUCAGUAAGUGUUCCUGGAGUCACACCAAAUGAGUUCUCUAAAGGCGAGCUAAUCGAAGUCAAGGCUGUGAAAUUGACUAGCUACGUGACUCAGUUACCUUAUGAAUACUAUAAGCUCCCAUUUUGUCGUCCGGAACACCUUAUUGAGUAUCCACCGGAAAACAUUGGUGAAAUACUUCGUGGGGAUCGCGUUGUUAAUACACCAUUUUCAAUAAAGAUGGCUGAAAAUAGAGGCUGUUCCCAAGUCUGUCCCCCUGUUAAACUAAGCAGUAAUGAUGCCAUAAGUCUGAGACUUUUCAUUUUAAACCAGUACUCGGUGCACCUUUCUAUCGACAACUUGCCUUGUGGGACUAAAAUUUCUUCUGAUGGUGGAAAGACGUUCCGCUACGAACAUGGCUAUAGGCUGGGAUCUGUGGUGGAUGGAGUGGCUUAUAUUAACAAUCACUUGAAGUUUAUAUUGCAAUAUCACGAGACAGAUAGUGGCUCUUAUCGUUUUGUUGGUUUUGAAAUAGAACCUAUGAGUGUUUCUGAGAAACAUCUUCACUCAGAGAAAGGUGUUUGCAAGGAAGUUGAUUCAGAUAUACCGGUAUCUGACUGGAAGAAAAUUGAUGGAACGGAAACAAUUAUUCAGUUCACUAGUGAAGUCAUUUGGGAGCCAUCAGAUAUCAAAUGGGCUUCUCGCUGGGAUAUCUAUCUAAAGACAGCAAGUGGUCAACUUCAUUGGUUUUCAAUCAUAAACUCAGUGGUUAUUGUGCUGUUUCUAACUACGGUCAUUUUCAUGAUACUUAUUCGAACUCUGAGAAAAGAUAUUGCCAAAUAUAAUCGCGAUGAUGAUGUGGAAGAUAUUCUGGAAGAAUCAGGAUGGAAAUUGGUUCAUGGAGAUGUGUUUCGUCCUCCACGGCACACACGAUUAUUUACAGCACUGUUCGGUUCCGGAUUGCAGUUGUUCUUCAUGGUUUUUAUCGUAAUAUUUUUUGCAAUGCUUGGCACAUUAUCACCUGCUUCGCGUGGUGCAUUGAUGAAUGCCGCCAUAUUUACCUACGUCUUUAUGGGUCUUUUUGCUGGUUAUUUUGCCGGGAGAUUAUAUAAAACACUUCGAGGAUUAUUCUGGAAAUCAACUGCACUAGCUACUGAAAUAUAACGAAAUCAGUCCGAAAAUGCAGCCAAACUACCUCCACGAAUGCUUCUGCAGAUAUAGUUUCGUCCAGAAAGGCUGUAAACACGUUUACACGUAGACGUCACUAAUUCAGUGAAUGAUCCUAUUCAUUCAUUCUUCGUCGACAGAACAUCCAAAUGGUCUGAAGUUAUUACUUUAGCGCACGCCAUAUCUGCUUCGAUGCUUGCAGUGCUAUAAAGUCUUUAAUCAAUAUGGGCUUCAGAAGUGUUGGCCUCUGAUAAAAAAAGCAAAGUGCUUAUCAAAUCUUUUUACAUACAACUAAAUUAUACUCAAUAAUUCUGGUCGUUGUCAUAUUGCCAUGUUUGCAGUUGUUAUCUACAAACUUUAUUGUUUUAUGUUGUCGUUUUUAAGUUUUUCUUGUCCAUCCUUAUUUCCCUCAGCUGCUUGUCAUCAACUGAGUUUCUG